AUGACAACGUCUAACCUAUACGUCGCUUGUAAUCGUGCAACAAAAGCAACUGGUUUAUAUUUAAUUAGUGAGUUUGUUCCACGAAAACCACCUGAAAGUAAUGAUACAGUGGCGAUGAUGUUUAAAACAAUGAGAUCCGAAAGAAAGAUCAAAUUUUCACUUCAAUUUCCCGAAGAAUCGCAAGGAGAAAAAAUUUAUUUGAUGUUUCAUAAUGUACAAUCAUUGAAUAAACAUUUUUUGGAUGUCAAAUCUGACAAUACGUUUUUGUCUGCUUCUAUGAUAAGUCUUGUUGAAACAUGGACAAAACCUAGUGACUAUUUGGAAAUUGAACGUUUCAAGAUAGUUCAAAGACCUCAUUCUCAUCAUAUACAAAAACCAUUUGGUCAAAUUAUUUAUUUUAAGUAUGAAAGUAUUGCCGAAAUAUGUAAAUAUUCAGGAAAAAAUCAUAUUGAAUAUUCUUCAAUAAAAAUUGAUCAUUUUUGUAUCAUUUCUAUUUACAAUUCACCAAAUUCAUCAUUUGAUAUCGUAAAACGACAUAUUAAUGAAGUUAUCACCGUUUCCAAACGAUUUUGUCAAAAUCUAAUUGUUGUUGGUGAUUUUAAUAUAGAUUUAAAGAUAAAAACCAAUUAG